AAAAAAACUGAUUUACUGCUGUCAGCCUUUUUCGUGUAUUCAUUCGUCUUUUCGUUCGCAAUGAAGCCGCAAGGAGCCGGCGCGGCGGCGACGCUGCCUCCGUCGCCGUAUGCGAGCCGCGUGAUCAGCCUUGCUUUCGAUGGCACGACGUUGAGGAUUCAUGAGCAAUUUCUAGCAAAAGAGCCGUGGCUCGUGAAGAAAUUGACAGACGAGGACCAACAACAAGCGUCCCGCUCCCGCAAGUCCCCCGAGCUGAACCUCAAGCACAUUUCCCACCACGUCGGCCAUGUGCUCGUGCACUACCUCGUCACGGGGAGCUACGACUGCCUCAAGGCCGAGGGCGUGUCGCCGGACGAGUCCACGGCCCAGGACUUCACCACGGCUCUGCGCGUCUACGCCGUCUGCCGGCAGCACGACAUGAAGUCGCUGCGAGACCUCGCCAAGAACGAGAUCAAGUGGCUGGGCGGCAAGAUCACCAUCCCGCGCAUGGUCGAUGCCAUAGAGGAGGGGUACCCGGCCGUGCCCCCCGAGGACGAGUGGUUCCCCGAGUACCUGCGCUCGCAGAUGGAGGCGUUCCACGACGGCCUGACCAUGGCCGGCGCGGCGGAUGCCCUCGAGGAGAUCGGGCAGCCUCUCACGGUGAGCAAGAUGCUGCUGAGCAGCAUCGCGGAGAACUUUGUGUACUGCAACCAAGCCAAGGGCGCGUCGCCCCCCAUCCAGGAGAGGACGACGCGGGAAUGGGCGGACGAGGUGAAUCUCGCCUCGGACCUCGCCGUCCAGCAAUCUGACGCUUCGACGUACAAGAAGCAGCCGCGCAAGGCAUCAUCACCAGGGCCUACCACGGGAUCUGCGGUGGCUGCGACGCCGGCCUCUGAAAGUGUGCCGCCGGAAGACAACGACACGACUCUUGCCCCGGCUGUUUCGGACAUGCACAUUUCUGACUUGUCCGCUUCGCGUUGGGCGACUCCUCCUCCUGUUGCUUAUGUAGACGGAGGAGGCGAUCCUGCUAAAAUAGGCCCGUCAAAGAAAUCAGGCAAGAGAAAGCAACGAGCGAAGAAGAAGAAGGCGACGGCGAAGUUGCGCAACGAGGAGAACGCAGGCGCCACCUUGAACGAAGCCGGGCCAGCGAUUGACGGUUGACCUUUUUAGUUGAUGCAAAACAAAAUCAUGGGGUCGAGGCACAUAUGCGUCGGAUUGUUCGAGAGCGCAUGAAAGUUGGGGAAUAUGCCUUUUUCAGAGUUUCAUGGCACGGCGAAAGAAGCGUUUUGUUGUUUUCUGCGCUAUAUGUACAGUAUAGCCUCGUCACAAAUGCCACCCAAACAGCAACCAGCA